UAGAAAUUAUGAAAAUCCAAAUUCCUUCAAACGGGCCGGAUCCAACCCAAACCGUAAAACAGUUGACCCAAAUUGAACUAUCAGCCCUCAACUUCCCGCCGUUAACUUUGCUCAGUUUCCAUCUCUUUCUGCAGCAAGCUCCUCACUUCCUCUCUUUCUCUGUAUUCACUAUCUCGCGUUCAAAACCCUUUAAAGGAUUUCAGCUGAAAAGGGGGAGCUUGAUAAUGGAGGAAGAAAAGGAGAUGAAAAAAGAGAAGAAAAACAUCCCUGUAGUGCCAUGGAUGAGAAAUCCAAUUGAUAUUACUACCUUUGAUCAAUGCUCUCUCGAUUUUGUGCCUUUUCUUGAUCCAGGGUUAGUGGUGGCUUUGAAGAAUAUGGGCAUCACUUCACUCUUUCCCGUGCAACUUGCUGUCUGGCAAGAGACAAUUGGACCUGGCUCAUUUGAACGAGACCUUUGUAUAAAUUCACCUACUGGGAGCGGAAAAACUCUUGCUUACGCGUUACCAAUUGUUCAGAUGCUGUCUACACGUGCUGUAAAAUGUCUUCGUGCACUAGUGGUCUUGCCUACUAGAGACCUCGCUUUGCAGGUCAAAGAGGUCUUCUCUGCUCUUGCACCUGCAGUAGGUUUGUCUGUCGGCUUGGCAGUUGGUCAGUCAUCAAUUUCGGAUGAAAUUUCUGAGCUCAUCAAGAAACCCAGUGUUGAGUAUGGCAGAUGUUAUGAUCCUGAAGAAUUCUCAUACGAGUUACAAAGUGCAGUAGACAUAUUAGUGGCAACACCUGGAAGACUGAUGGACCACAUCAAUAACACUGAUGGUUUUACCCUUGAGCAUCUAUGUUAUCUUGUUGUUGAUGAAACAGAUAGGUUAUUAAGGGAAGCUUAUCAGUCCUGGCUGCCUACUGUCAUCCAGCUGACCAGCUUUUCAAUUGAUGGGAACUUCCCUUCUGCUGAUGAUCUUCUUCCUUGCAGUUAUGGUUCAUUGAAGACAAUCAGGAGAGUGGGCACAGAAAGAGGGUUCAAGGGCAAAGCCUAUCCAAGGCUUGCAAAGAUGGUUUUAUCAGCCACACUAACACAAGACCCAAGUAAACUUGCUCAGCUUGAUUUACAUCACCCUCUUCUUUUGACGACUGGAGAAAGACGUUACAAGCUGCCUGAAGAACUCAAAUCAUUUAAAGUGAUAUGUCAAUCGAAGCUCAAGCCACUUUAUCUAGUUUCCCUUCUUCAAAGUCUGCAAGGGGAGAAAUCAAUUGUUUUCACAUCAUCUGUGGAGUCCACUCAUAGAUUAUGCACCUUGCUUAAGUUUUUCGACAAUUUGCAAAUUGAGUUCAAGGAAUAUUCUCGUCUUCAACGUCAAUCUGUAAGAAGCAAGACAUUGAACGCCUUUCGGGCAGGAAAAGUGCAGGUUCUUAUUUCCUCUGAUGCUAUGACUCGUGGAAUGGAUGUUGAAGGAGUUAGAAAUGUCGUAAACUAUGAUAUGCCUGCGUAUAUAAAAACAUUUAUUCAUCGGGCGGGUCGAACGGCAAGAGCAGGCCAAAGUGGAUGUUGCUUUACUUUAUUACGCAAAGACGAGGUUAAGCGGUUCAAGAAGCUGUUACAAAAAGCUGACUGUGACUCUUGCCCCACAUAUUCUGUUUCAUCUGAAGUAAUAGAGUCACUCAACUCUGUAUAUACCUCAGCUUUGGAGAAACUUAGAGAGAAUGUUGAAUCAGAAAAGUUUAAGAAGAGCAAGAUUAGAUUGAAGUCUUCAAAUGUGAGAAAGGAGAAGUGAAAAGCUGCCGUGAGGAUAACUUCCAUUUUCCUAGAUGGUGUAGCACUGAGUUGCCAACCCGGUAUGAUUAUACCAUAGAACAACAGCUGUGGAAGUGGCUGUAAAGAUGAGAGGGUGACUCCAGCAAGUCGAGAGGACGAUACCAAAGGAAGGAGAAGAGAAAAGGAAGCUGAAGGAAACGGGAAACUGAAAAUCAAGGGAACUAGACUAACAAAGGAAGUGUAGGGAUAGGGAGAGAGGAGGAAGAAGGGGGGAGUAUCGGAAUAAUGAAGUUGGAGGGUAAACUGACUCACAUGUUAAGAAUUAUGGUUUCUUUUUGUUUGGGAGGAAAACACUAGCUUACAACAUAAGGAAGAAGCACUGGGCGGAAUGACCAGUUAGUAUUAUAUAGCAGGAAAGGGGAGCAGUAGGUUCUUUUGAUGUAAAGUUGCUAAUUGGUUGUAUUAAGCAUGGGCGUUUCGACAUUCUCGUAUUCUGAUCUAGUUAAGUGCAGCUGAGUUCACUGAGCUAUAACAUGUUAAUAUAUGCUUGUGACUCCUUCCUUAGUUCUUGUUUUAUGGAAUAAAUUGCUCUGCUUAUUUAUUAAAGAAACACACAGAAAGUACUGUGCAUAACAAUUUCUUCAGCCGUAUAGAAAUAACUUUGGAAAUAUUUAAAGAAGUAGCAAUAGAAGUUUGCUGCUAGUUCGAUGGAGGAAUUUUCCUUUACUCCCACAGGUUACAUACGGUCAAUAUUAUCUAGUCUCGGCAGAGCUUGGACUCUAUCCAAGCUUUGUAGACUUCGUAUCUAAGAAAGAGAGAAAAUUGCAGAAGGAAAACAUUUAGAAAUCAUUAGACUUGUACGGAACUUAAAAAAAAUUGAAAGAACUCUCAGCAAGCCUAAGUAGAUACUUCA